CAGUUUGACCUGCGUCUGUACGUGCUCCUCCUCGGCGCGGACGACUUCCCCGCGUUUCUGUCCAAAGAGGGCCUCGCGCGGUUCUGCACGGUCAAGUACGCGCCGCCAUCGUCGAAAACGCUCGCGGAGGUGCGAGGCUAUCUCACGAACUACGCGCUGAAUAAGGGCGCCGACGAGUUCGUGCGAAGCGACGACGUGCACGCGUCCGAGGGGUCGAAGCGAAGCCUCGCGAGUCUGAUGACGGAGCUCGCGCGAAAAGGGCACGACGUCGACGCGCUGUGGACGCGGCUCGAACGCCUCGUCGAUCGCACGAUCGGCGCGAUGCGUCACGCGGUUCGAGACGCCGCGGUGGCGAACCGCGCGCAUCCGGAGAUGUGCUUUCAAGUCCUCGGGUUCGACGUCAUGCUGGAUGAAAAUCUGAAGCCGUAUCUGCUGGAGGUGAACUCGUCGCCGUCGCUCGCGAUCGAC